AAUAUCUGUUAUAUUAGGUUUUAGUUUUGUUUCGUAUCAAUAUAGAUCGAAAGAUAACAGAAACUAAUAAUCGUAUUCGUGGCUAUAAAAAUAUCCCCCAAAUAAUUUGGUCCUCCUUCCUUUCAUGCAAAGCAAAACACAAAUCAAAAACUCUUCUUCUCUCUUUCUUCUUCCCGAGCUUGGCUUCUCUUGUCUUGUUCUACUUUUUCAUUUACACAGAGUGAUUCUGCAUGCUUCAGCCGCUUCGCUUUCUCGGGUCCCAGGUGAUUUUCGUCGUCUUCUUAGACUGAGAUAAGUCACAUGCAUGGUCUUUAAAUAAAUCAGUCUCUUGUUCUCUGUUCUUGAGAGAGAACACAAAGGCAGUUUGGAGUCUGCUGAUAGAUAAUGGAACAUGGUUUGCCGUCUAUGAAGUCGAUCAAAUCACUGAAGUCACUUGUUAAAAAAAGAACCAAUUCUCAAGAAGUGAGUAAAUCAGGGUGGAAAAUGAAGCCCUUUAUAGCUCUCAUGUGUACAGCACUUUUGAUCUUUUGGUAUAAAACCACAAAUAUUCAGUUUGAACGAACUGAGAUAGAAGAAACUGAUUAUCCUUUUGACAUGGCAACGGAAUCUGAAGGAAUUGACAAUAAAUUAAAAGGCUUGCCUCAGGGAAUCAUACAGCCUAGAUCAGAUCUUGAACUAAAGCCUCUUUGGUCUAGAAGUAGUCUGAGGUCAAAGGGUGUCGAAAUGACUAACCGUAACUUGUUGGCAAUACCCGUAGGAAUUAAGCAAAAGGGUAAUGUUGACGCUCUUGUAAAGAAGUUUCUUCCGGCGAAUUUUACGAUUGUUCUUUUCCAUUAUGAUGGAAAUAUGGAUAAAUGGCGGGAUCUAGCGUGGAGUUCAAAAGCCAUUCAUAUAGUUGCACAAAACCAGACUAAAUGGUGGUUUGCGAAACGAUUUCUCCAUCCGGAUGUUGUAUCGAUUUAUGAUUAUAUUUUUCUUUGGGACGAGGAUCUUGGAGUAGAGAACUUCAAUCCAGAGAGGUAUUUGAAGAUAGUUAAAUCAGUGGGACUGGAGAUAUCUCAACCUGCUUUGGACCAUAACUCGACUGAAAUACACCAUAAGAUCACACUCCGUUCUAGAACAAAGAAAUUUCACAGGAGGGUUUACAUCAACAGAGGCACUAAAAGGUGUUCUAAUACUAGUGCAGAUCCUCCUUGCACAGGAUUCGUUGAAGGAAUGGCUCCGGUGUUUUCGAAAGCUGCUUGGUUUUGCACUUGGAAUCUUAUACAGAAUGAUUUGGUUCAUGGAUGGGGAAUGGAUAUGAAACUUGGCUAUUGCGCACAGGGAGACCGGACGAAAAACGUAGGGAUUGUAGAUAGCGAGUAUAUCUUUCACCAAGGCAUUCAAACGUUAGGUGAAAGUGUUCAUUCUGAGAAGAAGACCACAGCUCGUGAUGUUGGCACCAAGAGACAAGGCCAUACAACCUUUGAUUCAAGAACCGAGAUAAGGAGACAGUCAACGUGGGAGCUUCAAACGUUUAAAGAAAGAUGGAACAGAGCGGUUGAGGAAGACAAGAACUGGAUAGAUCCGUCGGCAUCAAGCUCGAUGGCGACGAAAAGGAAGAGUAACGGUAAUAACAGAAGAUUAAGGCGUGGUGGUGGUAGUAGUCACCGAGCAAAGCAUAAGAGAAGUCAAGAGACAUCAACAACACACAAAUAGCAAAAGAAGGAUUUUUUAUACACACAUAGAUAAUGUUUUCUUCAUCUCAUUAGUUUAAUAAUGUUAUUAAUUUACUAUUAGAAAUUUCCUUAGUUAGGAUAUAAGAUAUAGCUUUCUUUGAAUUGGUUCAUAUUGAGAUAUUAUAAAAAUCUCUCAUGUCCAUUUUAAUCUUCA